AAUGGGGGGAAACAUCGGUGCCCAAUUCAAGUUAGGUUAAAGAUUAAACCACUCCCACUGCUGGGGGAUAUCGGGAAGGUAGUAGUAAUAUACUGUGAUUGAAAUCUUCAAGAUUCAUAUCUAGGUGAAAAUGGCCGUGACGGAAUCGUCCUACUCAACGCCCAAGUGGUGGAAAGAAGCUGGUAUGUUUAAUUAAUCCCCAACAUCCUGGCAUUCGGAGACUAAUAAUGUGGUUACUAGUGGUCUACCAAAUUUACCCGGCGAGCUUUCAGUGCCAGCCUGGUGUCACUUCGGGAUGGGGCACCAUCAAGGGCAUCACGUCGCGGCUCGACUACUUGAAGUCCUUGGGUGUCGAUGUGGUCUGGUCUUCGCCGAUCCUGAAGUCGCCGCAGGCUGAUAUGGGCUACGACAUUGCCGACUACAAACAGAUCGACGAGCGCUAUGGAUCCCUGGAGGAUGUAGACGAAUUGAUCACCGAGCUCAAGAAGCGCGACAUGAAGCUCAUGAUGGACUUGGUAGUGAAUCAUACCAGCAAUGAGCAUCCAUGGUUCCUCGAGAGUCGCGCGAGCCUCGACAAUCCUAAACGCAAUUGGUAUAUUUGGAAAAAGCCGAAGAGUAUCAGUCCUGACGGUGUACCGGAACCGCCCAAUAACUGGGCGCAAAUCCUAGGCGAAGCCAAUUCAGCUUGGACGUAUGAUGAGAAGACUGGCGAGUUCUACCUCAGUCUUUUCACGCCGGAACAACCUGAUCUGAAUUGGGAAACCCCCGAGGUUCGGGCGGCUGUUUGGGACGUGAUGCAUUUUUGGAUGAAACGGGGCGCAAGCGGGUUUCGAAUGGAUGUUAUCAACCUGAUCUCUAAAGACCCCAGCUACCCCGACGCCGACAUCGUCCUGGAUCCGGAGCAUAGAUAUCAACCCGGGUCAAAGUAUUUCGUCAACGGACCCAAAUUACACGACUAUCUGCGAGAGAUGUACCGAGAGGUGUUGAGUAAAUAUGAUACGAUUACCGUUGGUGAAAUGCCUGGAGUUAGCGACGAGAAGGAGAUUCUGCGAAGCGUCGGUGCCGACUCCGAGGAGUUGAGAAUGAUCUUCAUCUUCGACCUGGUCGACAUCGACAAGCCGAACGUUAGGAUGGCCCUCAGACCAUGGAACGUCAAAGAGAUGAAAUCAAUCAUCGCGAGAUGGCAACGAAUCAUGAUCCAGGAUAAUGGAUGGAAUUCAGUCUUCAUCGAGAACCACGACAACCCGAGGUCCGUCUCACGAUAUACUGACGAUAGUGACGAAUGGCGCGAAAAGGGGGCUAAACUCCUCGCGCUCAUGCAGACCACCCUCGGAGGUACGCUUUUUGUCUACCAGGGAGAAGAAAUCGGAAUGCGCAAUGCGCCAACGACCUGGGACAUCUCCGAAUUCAAAGAUAUCGAGACCAUCAAUUUCUGGAAGAAGUGCGAGCAGCUGUAUGCAAACGACAAGGAGAAAUUAGCCUAUAGUCGUAAAAUCAUCGAUAUGAAAGCACGCGAUCAUGCUCGAACCCCAAUGCAAUGGACGGCAGGGGAGAAUGCAGGCUUCUGUGACCCGGGUACGACGCCGUGGAUGAGAGUUAUGGAUGACUAUCCGACAGUAAAUGUUGAGGCCCAGUUGAAGGCAGAUGAUCAGAAGGAGCUUUCAGUGUGGAAAUUCUGGCAGGAAGCGUUGAGGCAGAGGAAAGACCAUGCUGACGUCUUCGUGUACGGAAAUUUCCAAGAGCUAUCUCCUGAACAUCCAGAGGUCUUUGCUUAUGUUCGUACGAGCACAAGAGGCGACCCCUGGCUCGUUGUCCUUAACUUUUCUAAGAAAGAAUUAGAGUGGGCGGUGCCUCAGGGAUUGGAAAUCGAGUCUUGGAUCUCGACUAAUUAUUCGAAGGGCAUCCCAGACAAACCAAAGCAGUCGAGUGUGCCUCUAAAGCCCUGGGAGGGCAUGUUGGGACGGUGCAAGUAGACAACGUUGGUGACGCGUCUCUUAAGGCGUACGCCCUGCGUGUGCUAUACUAGAGCGCAU